CCGCGCGCCGGGUCCUGCUCCUGUUUGUUCCUCAGAGGCGAAUGAGAGAGAGGCAGAAAUAGCAUAUGGUUCUUCUUAGAUUCAUAACUGUAGCUGUAGCAAAGGGCAAAUAACUGUGGAUUUUCAGCAUCAAGCCAACGUGAUGGGACCAAGCAAGCCAUCUACGCCCGCUGUUACGUUUGUGUCCAAUACCCAGCUGCACAGGAAUGAAGCAACAACUUUACAGACACAGCUCCAGUUUAAUAGGAAUGUGCCUGCAGUUCCAGAGAAUUUGUUUGUCAGAUUCACUAGCCCUCGUCCAAUUAUAAUAGAAAAGCUGAAGCCAUCCAAUGAUCAGAGAAGUCUAGCUGGUGGUGAAGGUCCCAGCAUAAGAAGCUCUAGCACAUUUUCAGUGGUAUCUGAAGAGAAACUAAAAUUCGCCAUUCAGCUAGCUAAAAGGGACAUAAAACGAAGACAUCGCGAAGAGCAAGUGAAACAGCAGGUGUUUGGAGAUGCCAGUAAACAGUUGUUGCCCGAGAAGUCACAACAACACCAGAAUGAACUAUUCCAAAGUCUAGACGAGAAAAAUGCACUGAAGUCUUGGAUUCCCUUUAAGUAUCAGCAGAAACUUGGUCAGCCUUCCAAAGUGGAGACGACCAGCUCUGGUGCUAAAGUUUAUCUCUACACACCAAAUGACAGAAAGCUAAUACCAGCUGUUUCAGACUCUCCACCCACCCAUGACCCUGGACCAGGCUCCAAGAUAAAUAUCAGAAAAAAAGAAGACAAAAACAUACAGGAAGUCCGAAGACUGCAAAAGGAAAUGAGAAAUUGUAUCCAGAAAAUUGAAGAACUGGCUAAAAAAGAGAGAAGUAAAAUUUUGGAUCCUGGUGAAGAGCAGCGAGUUCUCAUUAGGAGACGGGAACAAGCUGCACGAUCAGCUCGGAGGUUGUAUGUUCUCCAGCAACAGAUAAAAGAAAUUCAGGAUGAUUUAGAGAAACUGAGUCCUCGUAAAAUCAAACAUACUAAAAAGUCUCAAGCAGUAUCCAGAUUGGCUGCAGCACACAGAGGAGCUAUACGAGCCUUGCAGACAUUUGCCAAUCAGUUUACUGAUCAAGCAGAGCAACAGGUUCCUGCCCACUACAAGGAACUGGGCAGUCUCAUUCGACAACUGUCUCUCUGUUCUGCCAAGCUAGAAAUGGAUUCUUCUCUUUCUGACACUAUCAUCGAUAUCCUGCUGCAAGUUGAGGAUCUGGAUUCGUUGCUGGAAAAGAAACAAACACCUCAAAAAGCAAAGAAAUGUCUUUUAACAGCUCAGGGCAAAUCUCCAGAGAACAAUGAGAUAUUUCCAGCCAGAAAGCAGCUUACAUCUCCAAGAGGAGAAAAGAAACCUCUCAUCUUAAAGGAACGUUUUGGACAAGAACAUAGAAAACCUUCAGCUGCCAGGAGACUCUUGAUUGGCAAAAAUGAACUUGCAAAUAUUUCAGCAGUUCAAAAGACAAACAGUCACGCUCAUGUAUCACACAGUGAAUUCCAAGAAGAAAAUGAUCCACCUACUCCAGAGAAAAAUGCUAUUUUACAAGGAAGCUUAGAUGCAUUGGUGAGAGCUGGAGCUGUGAAAAAAAGUGCUAUACUUGAAAGUCACCCUGUGAGGAAGAAAGGAGUAUUACUACCUGCAAAAACAAAGGUAAUGUCUAAACCUCUAAAAUCAAGACGGUUGCAACCUCAAGGAAAGCAUGCCCGGUUUCAAGAGACAACUGUAGCUUUCCAACUAAAAGAAAGCAAACGACCAGUUAAGGAGAGCAGAAUACCCUGCGUACCUCCACGCCCUACAUCUCCGCCUGCUUCACCAAAACGUGCUGUCAAGAUACCCAGGAAUGCAAGCUCCAAGGAGCUCAUUGGUAACUCAGCUUCACAGAAAGAGAAGGCAGAAGAAAGAAGACUAGGUCUCAUGGAGAGAGAAGCUCUCAAGUCACAGUGUGCUUCUCCAACCCAGCUUGCAGACAAAGUUGAGAGAGCAAUACGGGAACGCUUAGAACCCCUUUUGGAAAAGGCACAGAAGGUCAACCUCUCCUUGGAAACAAGCAGUCAUUUUAAGGAUUCUUCAAUUAUAAACAAGCUUUCAACUCCUGUAGCUGAAAAGCAGGUUGCAGCAAACGCGGAUAUCCUGAGUGAAAAGCUACUGGAUGAUCUUUUGGAAGAUACUGCUCAGGAGCUCUGGAGCAUGGAGCGGCAGGAGAGGCUCCAGGCCCAGGUGCUGGCCAUGGCUGACAGUCCUACUUUGGAAAUGAUGUUGCAAAGGAUGGAAGACAUUGAAAAAUACCAGGAAGCGGUACGGAGGAGACUUGCCCAGAUUGUGUACAGCGAUUUGGAGUUCGGGGCCCAGGAAGAGAAAAAAGAACAGCAAAGUGCAUCAAUAGCUAAAAGACCUUCCUCUCCACAUCCAAUUCAGAUAACUAAAUUAAUUGGACAGAAAGAGGCAGAAGUAGACAUUAUAUUUGAAAACCCUUUUGAUGGCAACGGUGUUGAAGAGCACAAGGAAUCAGAGGAGAGAUUGCAGCCUGGAAAUUACGUUCUGCAGCCCUUGACUCGGAGUAUGUCUCUGCAGAAAGAGUGCUGUGUUUCUCUCUCUAUUCCAAAGCAUAUGUUCCAGAGCAUCUUGGAUUAUAACAACAGAUACAAACAUCACCUAAAGCUCAUUUCCCAUGAGGCAGUAGGCAGUUUCAAUCCAUGGCAUAUUGCUGAGAGUCUUGCAGAGGAACUGACAGAAGAAGCCCUAUGUGAUAUGGCAGCAGAGCUGCAGGAUGUUUGUGAGGAUUAUGCGGAAGCUGUGUUCACAUCAGAGUUUUUGCAGCCAGUAUAGUAAAUGCUUUUAAAUUUGCCCCAUUAACAAAUGCAAUGUCCAGCCUCAGUCUAACGAUUUUAUCAGAUGAUCUUAUUUUUCAUUUUUGUUGAAGUCUGUGUGAGAUUCUACUCACCAAAUGAAUUAAGUCCAACAGGGAUUCAUCUCAGGUUUUGUAAAACCAUGAUAUACUGGGUUUAUCAGGACUUUUUUACUUUUUUUUGGCAGUGUUUCAGUAGAAUGAAGUAAAUUGUUACAGGUAAAGUUUACAUGUUCUCAGGGGGCUACUGUUCCAUUUGUACACCUGUGAUUACUUCAUCCAUGUCUAUGCGUGAUCUGCCUGGUUACAAUAAAGUACUGGGAGGUGGACCCUGGAUUGCAGCUGUGCCAUGGACUUAGCUGUACUGUGCUUCAGUUUUCUUCUUUAAAAUUGAAAGAAUCUAACUUCACCUACCUCACAAGGGAGCUACAGGUUUUAGUUUAUUCUUGUUAGUAAAAUGCAUUGAAUAUAUCUGAAAGUUGUAUUGGGAAGAAUAAGAUAUCAUUGAUAUGAGUUUAAAACUCAGGUGGAAAAGUCGAGAGUAAAAGCCAUUGGGUUUGCUGUUUUUUAAGGCUUUCAGUGUCAUAAAGAUGUUGUCUGACCACCAUAGCUAACAGGCAUGGCUGGAUUAGUUUUUUUUUUUUGAGAUGCAGCAAUCCAAAGGAGCAUGACUCUUCUGGCACAGCUUUAAGUUGAUGUACCACAUAGCAGUGGCUGUACUCCUAGGCAAAAAGCCUGCAUGCUAGGCCCUUCCAAUCAACUUCCAAAUGUAGUAGCUCUCAUGUUCGUUUCAAAAUAUCACUAAUACAUCGUGUACAGUAAAAUGAGACCUUUCAAUGGAAGCAUAUGACAGAAUUUUUCUCCCCCUCUCUUUUUUUUUUUCCUUAAAUCAGCCUAAAACUUUUAUUAUUCUACCAGCAUUUAAUGAUCCAACUCCACAUUCUUUAUGUGUAAAAAUCCCAAUCACAAGAUGACCAACUGGCAUUUCUGCAAUACUGAAUUAACAUUUUAGUUUCAGAUAAUCAAUGUGCUAGUUGAGGUUAUGUCUAGGGCAAGCAAUAGGUUAAAAAAAAAGUUUUAUGGUAAAACUUGUGAAAAAUGUGAGCUCAGCCCUUGAGGUAACCUAAAAAACAAUAUGAAGGUCAGUUUCUUUUGACAAAGUUCUUUUCUGCAAUAAUGUUUAACCUUCUACAGAGAAGUUUCUAACCUUCUAAAAGUGUUUUUAUCUCCUCUAAUUUGAACAUACAAUUUUAAAAUAAUUUUAAGUGGUUUGUCUUGAAAUGUAUUUGAUGUAAUUUUUAUCACUGUGUGAUUGAUUUUGCAAUUUAAAACACCCCUUUUUUUAUUUCCAAGAUGUAUAGAGGUAAGUCUAUUUUUAA